AUGGGGCCCCCGGGCAAUAGGGGAUCAUGGGGCCCCUGUGUCCUUGCCCAAACUCAAAAAAGCCUAUGAAAAAGUCUGUGUGUGUGGUCUUCAGCUCACUAGCACACAACCCAGAAAACAGCCCAGUCCAGCUCUUUGCUCUCACAAGCACAAAGAAAAGCUCCCAACCAGGGGCGGACUGACAACUCAUGGGGCCCCCGGGCUAUCGGGGAUCAUGGGGCCCCUGUGUCCUUGCCCAAAAUCAAAAAAGCCUAUGAAAAAGGUACGGGGGGCAUAUCAUGGGGCCCCCUUCUGACCCCGGGCCCUCGGGCAGUGCCCGAGUUUCCAAAUGGUCAGUCCGCCCCUGCUUCC